AUGGCUGUCAACAUGAACUCAUCCCAAGCAUCCCUUGCAAAUGCCAUCAGCUCCUUGAAUCCAGCUCAAUUGAGUGCCUUGACAGCCUCGGUAGCAGCAGCAGCUGGUGCUCAAAACACACCACCUGUCACCGCUGGGGCCAUGGGAGCAGCAGUCAAUCUUCCACAGUCCACCCUUCCAACUGUCCAAGCGUCCAGCAACCUUCCUGGCAAUCGGCGUGGAUCUACUGCAGUGCGCAAGAAACCUCUCAAUGCUUUCAUAACAUACCGAACAUACUACAGUCCCUUGUUCAAAGGACUCACCCAGAAAGAAAAGUCUGGCCUCUUGCGGGUGAUGUGGAGUGCAGAUCUGAAGAAACCAAUGUGGGAACUUCUUGGACAUGCGUACUCAGACCUCAGAGACCAUCACGACGAAACAUUGCCUGUCGACAAGUUUCUUGCUGUCAGCGUGCCUUUGCUUCCUGUUGUGGCAGCUGACCAGUAUAUCUCCAAGAUGGGUUGGGAACUCACAAAGAAUCCAACUGGCGAGACAACACUCACUCGAAGCGAAUCCUUCAACGCUGACAAGGUCUAUGCCGAAUACCCAGCACAAACCAACCUGUCAAUGGCAGAUGUUGUCAACCAUUGCUACAAUGAAGGAUUGCUGAAGAGAGGAGCUCGGCGCAGCAGCCCACGUCUUCGCCCAGGUCGCCGAGCCCAGGUUUCGACCGGAAAUAGCUUGGCCAAUGCAGCAUCUGGUGGCUCCAUCAUCCUCGCCGUGGCCCCUCAACCAGUGUCCUCACCCCUAGCUGAUGCCACCACUUCCACUGCGACUGCCCCCACUGCCAACAGGGCCGUCGAGUCUGAGACUGAAUCUGGCUCCGAGACCGGUGAGCCGCGAGACUCACAGGCUCGUGGUGAUGAAGAGGAACGAGUCCUUGGCCAAUUAUCGGUCGAGGACAUCACCCAGAACCCCGCCUACCUGUCCAUCCAGCACAUCACUACCGACCAGCAGGCGGCUUUUGAUGGUUACGCGCUCGCUCUCCACUUCCAUCCCAAUAUCCAGCCACCCAUCCUUGGCUUCGACCCCCGUAUCAUCCAAGAUGACUUUGAUCCUUUUGAUUUGGAUCUUAGUGCUCUUAUUAACUGGAAAGCAUGA